GCAUCAAAAGGGGUUACGCAAUGGCGUCAAAACAGAAAACACUCGAGACGAGGGCUCGUCGUUUACCGUGUUUGACGGGUCAUUAAAGAUCACAUUUGGUCAAAUGCACGAAUUCGGUAUGCAAAUCGUACUUGUUUUGGUGUGCAACCUGUUGGUUGUCAGUGGGGAUGAUAAAGAAGAAUGGAUCGACCCAAACGACAUGUUGAACUACGAUCCAAGCACCAAGAGUAUGAGAAAACAAACGGCAAAGAACCAGCCGCCUGUUGCCUCGGCUGACCAUACCAUCUUUGACGCCCUCAUCACAACCAUAAAAGGGUCAAAUCUGUGUGACACUGAGUUCCUUGGCGCUCUCAUCCAAGACCUGCAGUUUUCUGUGUUCCUUAGCUUUGUGGUUCUUACCGUGUUCUCCAUCAUGGUCUUGGUAUACUUUCGACGCAGCUGCAAGGACCCACCUCCCACUGCAGGAAACCAGCCCCUGCUUACUUCCCUGGGUCAACAGAAGAACCAGAUAACGAGGGAGAAUGUACCUCAGGACCUUACAGCUCAGGUGGACCCUCUUAGGCACAGGAAGCCUUGUAGAGUCAGAGAGCAACCGAAAACGGUUUCUGUGGAGAAACUUGGCCUGAGUGAGGUUGACUCAGACAGGCGGGAGGCUGUCUGUGACAAGUUUUGUGAUGUGGAGGGGAAAAAACCUUCAAGUGAGGAAGCAAAAGAAUCCCAUGAGGAGGAUGUAGGAGUUGUCUCUAGCAGUGACUCACAGGCUGGAAGGCUGAAUGAAGAACUGCUUUCCUCAACAGAACAAAUGAAUGACACAAUGGUGCAUGAGGCCGAUGAUGGUUUUUCAACCCGCUCAGAAGAACAUGUUGGAGUCUCUGUACAAGAGACUACUCCAUCGUCGCUAGUGUUGUCAACAUCUUCCCUACAGCUUAUACCAGUCUGGAAUUUCAAACCUGUCUUGACUGACACUAAUGUUCAUCAUAGAACUACUUGAAACAAUUUGAGAACUUUCACAAGAGAAUGUACCAAUUUUGAGUUAAUAUUCUUCUUACAUAGAGAACUGUGUCAUAGUGUGUAAAUUGAAUGAAAUUAUAAUGUGCUCAGGUCCUGGGGGGUGUUCCAUCAACGUCGCUAACGAAAGACGUGCUUACACGAAAACGCCUCGCUUAGGUAAAUGUCAAUUUAGACUUAAGCCGUUCCACUAACAAGCAACGCUAAUUCAAGCUAGACUUCAAUAAACUUAGAUUGUGUGCGCGCACAGAGAAAAAAGAAGCAGCCCAGAUCAGGCGAUCGUCGAAAAGAGGAGUUAUGUCGCAAAAAGCAAAGCGUAAACCAGCAGAGUGGUGUUAUUUUCAGCAGCGUCAAUGGAUUUUUUGAGUUGUCCCCGAAAAGGGCAACAUUGCCACAGCAUCUCAUUUUCUGUAACAGUCACGUUUAGACCAUUGUAAGGGCACCUUAUGGGGUACUGCAUCACGUUUUCUCUAGGCACUCAAAGGCACUCAUUAAGACAUGUUUUUUAUUUUAUUAUAGAGGGCACACUAUCAUGUGAAUGGCAGACAGUAGGGCACUUUGUCUCAUUUUUGCCACUCAAGAGGGCAACCCUGGGGGCACCAGGCAGUCAGCCCCUGAGUCUUCCAGUGGGACUGGAUACACCCAUGGGGAAAGUAUAUUUCACUUAUAACAUUUGGGAAGCCAGAAGGAGAGGAUGAAGUAAUACAGAAGCUUGUCAACAUGUAGGAUACUUCAAACAAUGAAAAUACUUUAUACAAUUGAAUUAUUUGUAUUUCAAGAUGACCUGGAAAACUGAUGAAAAUAUUCAGGUACCGCUUUGGAGCAAGGUAUACCCUUCUUAUUUUCUGGCAUAGUUGCCUUUGCUAAACCUUUAAGUCAAUUCUUGAACCCAACCCUGUUCAAACAAUGCAGACAAACUGAACAGUGGGCAAGGCUUGGCUACAGUGACUUUGCUUCCUUAUGAGUGAUUCCAGCAGAUAGUCUAGGCCUACCUACAUAGACUGCAUAGUCUACUACCCUCCUUUCUACAACUUUCUACUAAGGAUGCUACUAUUAUGUGUUCAUUGCCAUCCUUAUGAGUAACUAAAGUGUUUCUCUCUAUAUAUAUAUUUUAAGAAUGACAAUAAAAACAAUCAAGAUAAACUAUGCUGGACUUGCUGAACCUAUACCUCUUCCAUACCUCUGUCUCUGAAGACCCUUGGGGCUGGUGGGAUAAACGCUCUUUGUAUAAUCUAAGCACCUUCAUCCACAGGGUUGAAGAACGGAUACGCCAUAAUUGAAAUAAUUGACUAAACUUGUCAAGACGCACUGCUUAGGCCGAUUUAUACUACUCCGUUUACACGGACACAGGGAACGCCCUCUCCGACGUGGAACGCCCUCUCCGAGCUCUACAUGCACCUCCUGAUUUUCCUGACUAUCCGUCUGUCCGUCCGUCAUUUUACAGAUACCCCUUGGCUGUGAUUGGUCCGUAUUAAGAACCGCUUGCGUCGGGCGGGGGCGGGGUUGCCGUGACCAACAAGACGAACAGAAUCCUUUGACCGCCAUUGCUGCACAUUGAUGGAAACCACAAACUGAUCAACUGGAGAACGGUGUUCGACGGAUGUGUUGACAGUUGGCAAUACGAUUAUUUACCUUGACUAACAAACUGGGCAUCCAGUGUGCCAGGGCUGUUUCAAGAGGGAGUUUGUAACUUCCUGUGUGCACAAAGGAUUUAACAACUUUGGGUCUAGCUAAAUUGCACUGUCUCCUUCUUACAUUUACAUCUAGUAAUUUAGCAGACGCUCUUAUCCAGAGCGAUUUACAGCAAGUACAGGGACAUUCACCCCGAGGCAAGUAGGGUGAAGUGCCUUGCCCAAGGACACAACGUCAUUUGGCACGUCAUUUGACAAUCGAACCGGCAACCUUCUGAUUAAUAGCCGGAUUCCCUAACCACUAAGCCAUCUGACCCCCCAGAUCCCUAAGACCAGCCGACCAGCUGUUGCUGACAGUCCCUAAAAUAAGGCUGAAGCUCAGAGGUGAGCAUUUGCAGCUGCUGCACCCAAGCUUUGGAAUGAGCUGCCUUUAAAUGUCAGACAGGCCUCCAGUUUUUAAAUCUCUUCUAAAAACGCACUUUUACUCCCUUGCCUUUAACUUACCUUACAUUUUCCGUCAUUCCCUAAAAAGCACUUGCAGUGAGCUUGUUUGUUUGUGUUUUUAUUUAUUUUAUGUCUCAAUGUAAAGCACUUUGGCUUCCCCUGUGUUUUUUUUUAAAUGUGCUAUAUAAAUAAAGUUGAUUGAUUGAUACUGCAGUCUCUCAUCAAGGUCAGGGUAAUACAUUUUACAUUAACAUUUAUUCAUUCAGCAGACACUUUUAUCCAAAGUGACUUCCAAGAGAGAGCUUUACAAAAGUGCAUAGGUCACUGAUCAUAACAACGAGAUAGCUCCAAAAACAUUGCGGGUAGCCAAAACAUGAAGCAUACAUUGUGAAAACCAAAUAAGUGCCAAUGGGAAAAACCAUAAGAGCAUGCAGUUAAAGGUCCCAUGACAUGAAAGAGAGCUUUAGGAGUUUAUUUAACAUUAAUAUGAGUUCCCCUAGCCUGCC